AACCAACUAAGCAGUUAAAAUGAUAUAUACUGUCUAAUUAUUGUCUUGGACAUGCCUUUUGAUAAAUCUGUAAUACCACUCCGCCUGGCUCAGCUUCACCUUCAACAAGUGAUUCCACCAUUCGACUUACUGCGGGCUGCGAUUUGACUGACCUACUUUUUUAACUUCUCGCUACAUCCAUUCCACAGUGAUCCAUUCAUUCAAUGGCUGCUCCCUGGUUUCGCAUGCGGUCGUUCGGCUGGCAGCUUUUCAGAAAAUUUCAGUUUCAUUCACUCGUUUCACUGUGAGAUCCGUUGUUUUCUUUCCCGCUGAAUCAGCUCGAGACCUCGACUACUAGUCACAACGUCGAGCUCAGCGUCGCAGCUGCGCUUUACAGCAGUUGCUUCAUUGUAAACCACAAUCGACUCUGUUCUGCUAGCACCUUGGCUGUGCGGCUGUGCUACCGGAAUUACAGCCGUGCAUUUACAAGCUAUGUCAUGAGUCUUCUCAGGCAGUUUCCCCGCUUCUCGAAGCAGAUCGCUUUCGCCACAAACAAACUGGAGCAUUUAAGGAGCAGGAUUCGACUGCCAGAGAAAUACAAGGGUGGGCGGCUGGAAAAAAUUGGCAUCUACUGGAAGAGCCUGUGUGAAGACUACGGGGCAGCUGUGCGCGACAUCGUAUCGGACUCCCGAAGUCGGCCCCGCAAGGCAGCGGUUGUCGUAUCUGGACUCGGUUUCCUGGGCUGCCUGAUGACGACCAACCCAGACGAAGUCUCGUACCGCGACGCCGUCGCGGAGUGUUCCAACGCGGUGCUGCAGCUGAGCGACGCGAUCCGCAACCCCGAGUCGGACGCGCACCUGCGGCACGUGGAGCAGUGCCUCAACGAGGGCACGAUCCGCACACUCAACCUCCUCGCCUUCACGGUGGUCUGGGAGGACGACUUCGGCCGUGACUCUGACGUCUUUGCGGCGCACUGCUCGUACCUGCGGCCGCAGUGGCUGCGCUUCCACCAGCGCGUGCUCGACGUGGGAUUGCUGGGGAACUGGGUCGUCCUGGCACUGAAGAUGAGGGACUUCGACGUGAACUCCGCCGAGUGGGGAGAAGCGGCACGGAGCUAGGUCGACGCGAGUGCUGCAAAAAUGUCGGUCGUCUGUUUGCCGUGUUGGAGUGUAACAAGGACAACCUGCUGCCACAUUGCAGACACAGAUGUUGGGUAGACGAUCGGACUAGUUGGUUCAUUUUUAAAAGUACAAGCGGUGCAACGACAAGGACAAAGUAGAAGAAGCUGUCGUCCAUCUUCUUUUAAUCUGUCCUCUUUGUUGUACAGAUAUUGUACAGGUAUUAGAGUUAUUACUGGUAGCAGACCUUCGUUCAGUGACACUGUGGCGUCCCUGCUAAGGUUGGAAGUGACUCUCAACUAAUCCUCGUUUUUCGUUUGUUUUAUUUUGUAGUGGUACAAAUGUAUGAUUGUAAUGCGAUUUUGCAACUGGACAAGAAUGUUGAAAAUAAUCCCUGUAGGAGGGGAACAAGGGGGACAAAGGACAAACAGAAAUCUCCAAACACAGCUAGGCGACAGUGCGCGACCGAAAAAAUUCGCCUGGUCCUGGUAUCGAACCUGGGACCUCUCUAUUUCCAGUGGGGCGCUCUACAAACUGAGCUAAUCAGGAGUUAGAUGUCAGUAGAGCCAACUGGUUUUAUCAGCUGCCACCAGUCUAACACCAACAAGGGUAAACGGCCUGCAUUUUUAAGGUUAUGUAGUUUCUUAUACAGAAAAUUAUAGGAGUUCAAGCAGACUGAACAAAUAAAUUUUCAGCAGUGUGCGUGUUUAUUCUUAAUGGAGACACAACUAUCAUUUCUUUCACCUUCAGUUAUUUUAGAAACUGAGAAACCCCUGACACUGUGAGAGUAUGAAAUUUUGUACCUAGAUCCAAAAGCUCUAAAUCUUAAGUAUAAGCAGCCGGGAAAGGGCAAUAUGCAAAAUAGCAAUGCCUCUGGCGGUUCAGGUGCACUCUGGGAGCAGGAGACUGUCAACGAGUAGUUUCAAAUCCACCGGAUCAGUCUGCUAUCGUCUCCGCACCGCCAUUGCUUACAUCGUCGUAGAUUGCUUUACACCUGUGCAUGAUGGACUAAAUACCAUUUUCUGCUCAUCCCUACAUACCAGACACAGUGAAUAAUGAAACAAUUAUAAUCUUGUUGGCACAUAGCGCAAGCGAAAACGCCGCAAUGGCGAAGUCAAGUGAACUCAGAUCGACGUACGCCGAACGCCGUGCUAUAGCUCACUGCGUGCAUUGCACCCGGAGUGCACUUGAACCACUAGGGGCGCUUCUAUUUUGCACAUUGCCCAUUGGGGCGCCAUAAUGACGGCAACCACGGCAUUCGCUCGUCUUUCGUUUGCCAGAACUUCUACGACACAGUAUCCCACAGCAAAGCACACCAGCCCUUGUGCGAUAUUAUAUUUUGUAGCCACAAAAUUCUAACUUAUGCCAUACUUGCACGGAAUUGAAUUGGCUCUGAUGGCUCUUAGCAUCAGUUGCGGUCCAUCGCAAAAUAAAAUGGGGUAUAAGGAUAAGUUUAUUACAAGUUUCUCUAUAUACAUUGUAUUCUGUCUCAUGUAGUAGUUAUUAGCCAUUUGGUAAUGGCAGGAACAAAAGGCAAAUAAAAACGGCAGACAAAGGUCCAGUACCAGGGGGCAAAACACACACGGAGUACUCUAAAUAAUAAAUUUUAAAAAGCAUAUGCAUGCCUAUCUGCGAGUUCUAACAGUUCAAAAUAACAAUAACAUGCAACCUUCUAAGAAAAAUAAAAAGGAACGCUAAGCGACCUACUACAUUAUCCUUGUACAAUCUGAAAUUGUCACUCGCACAGCGAGUUAUCCAUUUAUAAAUUCAUAUGCAACAUUAAUUAGUACUCGGCAUAAGUACCACAAAAGAAUGAGUGUCACAAAAGCAAUACGAAAAUGUCCA